AUGGAGUCAUCUUUUCCAUUUGGAGUGACUCUUGCUGUCCUGGCCUCCCUCAUUAUUGCUGCCAAUGCACUAGUGGCUGUGGCUGUGCUGUUGCUGAUCCACAAGAAUGAUGGUGUUGGUCUCUGCUUCACCUUGAAUCUGGCUGUAGCCGACACCUUGCUUGGUGUGGCCAUCUCUGGCCUAGUCACAGACCAGCUCUCCAGCCCACCUCGGCCCACACAGAAGACCCUAUGCAGCCUUCGGAUGGCAUUUGUUACUUCUUCCGCAGCUGCCUCUGUCCUCACAGUCAUGCUGAUUGCCUUUGACAGGUACCUUGCCAUCAAGCAGCCCCUCCGCUACUUCCAGAUAAUGAACGGGCUCAUGGCUGGGUCCUGCAUUGCCGGGCUGUGGUUGGUGUCUUACCUUAUUGGCUUCCUCCCACUUGGAGUCCCCAUAUUUCAGCAGACUACCUACCAGGGUCCCUGCAGCUUCUUCGCUGUGUUUCACCCACGCUUUGUGCUGACCCUCUCCUGCGUUGGCUUCUUCCCAGCCCUGCUCCUCUUUGUCUUCUUCUACUGUGAUAUGCUCAAGAUUGCCUCCAUGCACAGCCAGCAGAUCCGAAAGAUGGAACAAGCAGGAGCCAUGGCCGGAGCAUACCGGCCUCCUCGGACUCCCAGCGACUUCAAGGCUGUCCGCACUGUGGCUGUUCUCAUUGGGAGCUUCACUCUGUCCUGGACCCCAUUCCUUAUCACUGGCAUUGUGCAGGUGGCCUGCCAGAAGUGCUACCUCUACCUGGUGCUGGAACGGUACCUGUGGCUGCUCGGUGUGGGCAACUCCCUGCUCAACCCACUCAUCUAUGCCUACUGGCAGAAGGAGGUGCGGCAGCAGCUCUACCAGAUGGCCCUGGGAGUGAAGAAAGGGCUCACCUCAUUCCUUCUUCUUCUCUCAGCCAGGGAUGGUGGCCCAGAGGGGCCCAGGGAAAGUUCCUGUCCUAUCACCACUAUCUCCCACUCACAGCUUCAUGGCGAAGAUGGUAAGGGCAGAGAAGUUUCAAAGUGA